GGAGGGAAUGAAAGAGACCACAAACAAAGAACAGAGACAGGGAAAGAACACAGGGAGGAGGGAGUUAGAUAAAGAGAGACAGAAUGACGCGGGGCAGACAAGAGGAACAGGGCUGCAGCUGGAAAGAGUGACAGCUCAAGAUCAAGAGGCUGAUAGAGUGAGAGUGAAGGAGGAGCCCACUAAGAAGGAGGGAGGGAGGAGGAGGAGUCUUGAACAACAAGAGAAAGAUUAAAAAAAUCGCUUGGGAGAGAGAAAGGUCUACAAACAGAACCAGUCCAAACACAGCCAUUACACUGGAGCAGCAUGUUGAGCCCAAGGAAUAUGGAUUGAAGUCAAGACAAGUUGGAAAUCUAUCUGGGAACAGGACACCCUAAUUAAACCGACAACCAAAGGAACAACUGCUAUAGCGAAGAGAGAAAGACAGACAGUGAGAGGGAGCAAGAGAAGAGAGAGAGAGUACAGGGCAGUGAACGAGUAAGGGAAAAAGAGUGGCUAGACAGAGGAGGGCAAAAGAAGAGAAUUAAUACCACCCACUGUGCCAAUACCACACACAGAGUAAAAUUGUUACACACAUACACACAUUCAAAGACAGAAAUCCUGCCUGUGCCACACACACAGUAUUUAUGUCUCACAUAUUGGCAAUACCACACACACUGAAUUUCUCAAACAAGUUUGCAUGCAACAUAUGCAGUAAGUAUUCGACACGCUGAAAUCAAAACAUUUAUAUCAACAGAAACGGAGAGAAACAAAGAAGAUAAAGAGGCAUGGAGAGACAUUAGAGCGUCAUAUGGGUUGGUAUUACUACGCACAGUGACAUAGACAGACAAAACGCAACAUAGUGGCAUCACGGGGCCUCCACAGGAGAAGGAACUCUUCGAAAACUAACCUGAGGAACUAUACUGCCAACUUAACCCCAAAAAAUAAUCACCACAGAACUGAAGGCCGGUGAUUCUUCUACACUUUGACUACAAUCCUACUACCAUUAACCAGCAGCAAAGCAGAGCAACUGUAUUGAGGAUCUAUCAUCUCCGUAGGAUGGGUGCCUAAGACAGGCGAGCUGAAGAGCUGUGUCCCUGGAAGGAGCACCACCAGCCCUGCAGCCCCUCCCCAUCAUGCUGCCCCGGACGGCCCAGGGCAGGGGCACCUUAAGCAGGGUACGAGGGCUCCUGCUGCUGCCCCUCCUAAUGGUUCUGCUGGUGACUUUUUGUGCUGCACAGAGCGAGAAGAGUCAGGAGAACCAGGGAGAGAAUAACACUGGCAGUACGGAGAGCCCGGAGACUGUCUCCUCAGAUGUGGCCAUCGUCAGUCCUCGUAACUCCUGGCUCGUCUUCAGACACAACUCCAACAAAGGAGAGAACAAGAAGACCAAGCCACCAAAGAGGGCAUCUAAGCAUGGUCUACCGGGCCCCCCCGGACCACCAGGCCCUCAAGGGCCACCCGGCCCCCCCCCGCCCCCCUGUUACCUCAGCAGGAAGAGCUGAUGCAGGAGUUCCAGCUACGACUGAGAGAGAUGGCGGGUGGUCCCUGUCUGCUCUGUGAGCGACCUCCCCGUGUGGCCACCGCCUUCCACUGCCGCCUGCACCACCCCCUCACCGUGCCACGCCGCAGUCUGCUAGAGCUGCAGCCAUUCAGCAGUGUCUCGGACACUGAGCAGAGCCUCCAGAGGGGCCAGGGCUUCAACUCUAGCAGUGGCCGCUACACGGCUCCCGUCUCCGGGUUCUACCAACUCACCGCCAGCCUUCUCAUAGAGCCCAAUGAGAGGUCACAAGCCAGGAUGAAGGAUAGUGUGAAGGCUUCCAUCUGCAUUGAGUCCCUAUGCCAGAGCAAUGUGUCUCUCGAUUCGGUGACAGGGGUGGGUAGUUCAGGAGUCUUCAGCAUCUUACUGACAGGAACCCUUUACAUACAGGCGGGGGAGUAUGUGUCCAUUUUCGUCGACAACGGAACAGGCUCAGCACUCACAGUCCUCCAGGAUACUUUGUUUUCCGGGAUACUCCUGGGAGUGUGAACACAGUAAAACAAAUGAUACACACACAUACGUAAGCAGAUCCACACACACACCCAUAGACUGAAAUGAACAAAUAUAUUAGACCACGUACAGUACCAGUCAGAAAUUUGGACACACCUAAUCAUUCAAGGGUUUAUCUUUAUUUGUACUAUUUUCUACAUUGUAGAAUAAUAGUGAAGACAUCAAAACUAUGAAAUAGCACGCAUGGAAUCAUGUAGUAACCAAAAAAGUGUUAAACAAAUGAAAAUGUAUUUUAUAUUUGAGAUUGUUCAAAGUAGCCACCCUUUGCCUUGAUGACAGCUCUGCACACUCUUGGCAUUCUCUAAACAACUUUCAUGAGGUAGUCACCUGGAAUGCAUUUCAAUUAACAUGUGUGCCUUGUUAAAAGUUAAUUUGUGGGAUUUAUUUCCUUUUUAAUGCGUUUGAGCCAAUCAUUUGAGCCAAACAAUCUGGAUGGGAAAUUACUGAGGAUAAUAGCAGACGAUAUUGCCACUCCUAUUUGCCACAUCUUCAAUUUAAGCCUACUAGAGAGCAUGUGCCCUCAGGCCUGUAGGGAAGCUAAUGUCAUUCUGCUACCCAAGAAUAGUAAAGCCCCUUUACUGGCUCAAAUAGCUGACCAAUCAGCCUGUUACCAACCCUUAGUAAACUUCUGGAAUAAAAUGUGUUUGACCAGAUACAAUGCCAUUUCACAGUAAACAAAUUGACAACAGAAUUUCAGCAUGCUUAUAGGGAAUGACACUCAACAAGCACAGCAAUUACACACGACUGAUGAUUUGCUGAGAGAAAUUGAUGAUAAAAUGAUUGUGGGGGAUGUCCUGUUAGACAUGCAACUUUUGACAUUAUCGAUCAUAAUCUGCUGCUGGAAAAACGUAUGUGUUAUGGCUUUACACCCCCUGCUAUAAUGUGGAUAAAGUGUUACUUGUCUAACAGAACACAGAGGGUGUUCUUUAAUGGAAGCCUAUCAAAUAUAAUCCAGUCAGAAUCAGGAAUUCCCCAGAGUAGCUGUUUAGGCCCCUUGCUCUUUUUGAUUUUUACGAACGACAUGCCACUGACUUUGAGUAAAGCCAGAGUGCCUA